CAGCCUUUUGCCCAGGAUGCCGGCCUCCGUGGCGCUGGCCGGCGCGGUGCUCUGCGCCCUCCUGGUGCUGGCUGCGCCGUCGCUGACUCCCAUCCACCGCGCCGGUUACUGUGCCUUCUACGGGGAAUGCGGUCGCAACCCGGAGGUGAACGUCUCGCUGGUGGCAUCCAAAGUGCCGUGCCUCUCCAACCAGCCGGCGCAGGUGGCCACGGGCACGGUGCUGGCGCUGCUCCGCUCCGUCUGCCCCGAGCUGGUGCGGGGGGACAACGAGACGACGCGGGUUUGCUGCUCCCUGGCGCAACUCGGCGCCCUCCAGCUCAGCGUGGCACUCUCCGGCGCCGUCCUCUCCCGCUGCCCGGCGUGUGCCAGGAAUUUCGCCAACCUCUACUGCAACAACAUCUGCAGCCCCGACCAGAGCCUCUUCACCAACGUCACCCGCGUCGUCAACUACACCACGACGCAGGGCACCACCAAGCUCGCCGUCGUGGAGUACCAAUGCUUUUACCAGCGGGAUUUUGCCGACGCCUCUUUCACUUCUUGCCAGGGCGUCCGGUUACCGGCUACCGGCGGUUACGCCAUCGAUACCAUGUGCGGGCGUUACGGCGCCCGGCUCUGCACCACCCAACGCUGGCUGGAUUUCCAAGGGGAUAAAAACAACGGUUUGGCACCGCUGCAGAUCGACUUCCAGCUGGUGCCGAACGGCACGCAGCCCGGCGAUGCCAUCGUGCCGCUGGGCGGGCAGGCCUGGCGUUGCGACCAGGCUCUCAGCGACGAGGAGCAGCCUUGCUCGUGCCAGGACUGUGCCGAAUCCUGCCCGCCGGUGAUCGCCCCCUCCGGCCCUCCGCCCCCCUUCCGCCUGGGCAACGCCGACGGCGCUUUGGUCCUCUGCGGGCUGCUCUUCGGCCUCCUCGCCCUCAUCUUCAUCAUCGCCUUGAUGUGCCGGUGCCAGCGGUCUAAGAAGGACGCCACGCCGGAGCCGGCACCGGCACGUGCCACCUGCUGCUCGGCACGCCUCAGCGAUGUCAGCCACCGCGUCCUGGCGAGGGCUUUCCGCUGGUGGGGCACGCUGGUGGCCGGGCACCCCGUGGUGGUGCUGGUGGUGGCGGCGGUGCUGGCGGGUCUUUUAUCGGCCGGUUUGGUGACCCUGCGUCUCACCACCGACCCGGUGGAGCUGUGGUCGGCGCCGGGCAGCCGCGCCCGGCAAGAAAAAGCGUUUCACGACGAACACUUCGGUCCUUUCCUCCGCACCAACCAGGUGAUUGUGACGGCACCGGGCCGGCCCAGCUCCGGCUACGAAUCGGUGGUGUUGGGUGCCAAAAACUUCAGUGGGGUGCUGUCGGAGGAGGUGCUGCGGGCGCUGCUGGAGCUGCAGGAGCGGCUGGCGGCCACCACGGCGUGGGCACCGGCGUCGGGCAGGGAGGUGACGCUGAGCGACAUCUGCUACGCCCCGCUCAACCCAACGCAGCCUGGGCUGGGCGACUGCUGCGUCAACAGCGUCACCCAGUACUUCCAGAACAACGGCACCCACCUGGCCAUGACGGCCACCCAGCUCGACGGCAAGGUGACGGGCACCGUCGACUGGCGCGACCACCUCAUCUACUGCGUCAACUCCCCGCUCUCCUUCAAGGACAUCACGGCGCUGGAGCUGAGCUGCAUGGCCGAGUACGGCGGCCCCGUCUUCCCCUACAUCGCCUUCGGUGGCUACCCGGGCUCCGAGUACACGGAGGCGGAGGCGCUGAUCGUCACCUACUCCCUCAACAACUUCCCCCGCGACGACCCGCGCCACGAGUGGGUGCUGAGCUGGGAGCAACGCUUCCUCGAGGUGGUGGGCGACUUCCAGCGCACCCACGGCCCCAACCUCUCCGUCACCUUCAUGGCCGAGCGCUCGCUGGAGGAUGAGAUCAACCGCACCACGGGGGAGGACAUCCCCGUCUUCGCCGUCAGCUACCUCGUGGUCUUCAUCUACAUCACCCUGGCGCUGGGCGAGUACACGGCCUGGCGCCGCGUCCUGGUGGAGUCGAAGGUGACGCUGGCGCUGGGGGGCAUCGCCGUGGUGCUGGGCGCUGUCUUCGCCUCCAUGGGGCUCCUGGCGCUGCUGGGGUUGCCUUCGUCCCUCAUCAUCCUCGAGGUCGUGCCCUUCCUCGUCCUUGCCGUGGGCGCGGACAACAUCUUCAUCUUUGUGCAAGAGUACCAGCAGUCGCAGCGGGAGCCGGACGAGACGCGGGAGCAGCACAUCGGGCGGGUGCUGGCGCAGGUGGCACCCAGUAUGCUGCUCUGCAGCCUCUCCGAGGUCAUCUGCUUCCUCCUGGGCGCCCUCUCCUCCAUGCCCGCCGUCCGCACCUUCGCCCUCACGGCCGCCGUGGCCAUCGCCUUCGACUUCCUCCUCCAGAUGUCGGGGUUCGUCGCCCUCUUGGCCCUCGACGCCCGGCGGCAGGAGGCCGCCCGCUUCGACCUCUGCUGCUGCUGCGGGAUGGACACGGGGGGUCCUGCGGGGCCGGGCGCCCGGCUGCUGCGCCCGCUGCUGCGCCGCUACUACACCCCCCUGCUGCUGCACCGCCUGGCGCGCCCCGUCGUGGUGCUGCUCUUCCUCUUCCUGGCCUGCGCCGGGCUCUACCUCACGCUGCAGGUGCCCGUGGGGCUGGACCAGGAGCUCGCCAUGCCCAAGGACUCCUACAUGCUGCAGUACUUCGCUGCCCUGAACCAGUACCUGGCGGUGGGGGUGCCCACCUACUUCGUCACCACCGGCGGCUACAACUUCUCCUCCUCGGCCGGCACCAACGGCAUCUGCUCCAGCGCCGGCUGCGCCUCCAACUCCCUCACCCAAACCAUCCAGUACGCCACGCGCUUCCCCAACGUGUCCUACCUCGCCAUCCCCGCCACCUCCUGGGUGGACGAUUUCCUGGAUUGGCUCAACCCCACCGGCCGCUGCUGCCGCAUCCACCGGUUCGGCAACCUCAGCGGGGAGUUCUGUCCUUCCACCAGCAGUGACCCCAGCUGCCUCGGGGGGCAAUGCCUGAACACCACACGGCGCCCGACGGUGGAGGAGUUCGAGCAGUUCCUGCCCUGGUUCCUCCACGACCGCCCCACCCUGCAGUGCGCCAAGGGCGGUCUGGGCGCCUACGACACGGCGGUGAGCAUGGACGCCAACGGCACCAUCCUGGCCUCCCGCUUCAUGGCGUACCAGCGCCCGCUGCGCACCUCCCAGGAGUACACGGCGGCGCUGCGGGCCGCCCGCGACCUGGCCGAGGAGAUCACCACCAACCUACGGCAGGUGCCGGGCACCGACCCCGACUUCGAAGUCUUCCCCUACACGGUGACCUACGUCUACUACGAGCAGUACCUGACGGUGGUGGCCGAGGGCGUCAUCACGCUGGCGCUCUGCCUGGUGCCCACCUUCGGCGUCUCCUUCCUGCUGCUGGGCAUGGACCUGCGCUCCAGCGCCGCCACCCUCCUCACCAUCACCAUGAUCCUGUUGGACACCGUGGGCGCCAUGGCCCUCUGGGACAUCCCCUACAACGCCGUGGCCCUCAUCAACCUCGUCGCGGCCGUGGGCAUCUCGGUGGAGUUCGUGUCCCACCUCACCUGCGCCUUCGCCCACAGCACCCAGCCCAGCCGGGUGGAACGAGCCGCCGAGGCCACCGUCAACAUGGGCAGCAAGGUGGUGGCCGGGGUGGCCAUGACCAACCUGCCCGGCAUCGUGGUGCUGGCCUUCGCCAAGGCCCAGCUCAUCCAGAUCUUCUUCUUCCGCCUCAACCUCAUCAUCACCCUGGUGGGGCUGGCCCACGGCCUCAUCUUCCUCCCCGUCCUCCUCAGCUACAUGGGACCCAGCCCGCGGGUGCCGGCGGGGGACGCGGCAGGGGACACGAGGGAGGACGCGGUGGCCGGCUCAGAGCAGGGUGCGGGGCUGGCCCUCAGCAACCCCUGCUUCGAGGACAAGGACAAGGCCACGGUCCCUGGGCAGGGCUGAGCCCCGCUGGCCCUCACCGCCCCCUCCCACCGCUGCUUUUUCUACUGCUGUCAUAUUUAAACUGGUUUUCUCA